AUGAGUGGAAGAGGCAAAACCGGCGGUAAAGCCCGCGCAAAGGCCAUUGCACACCGAACUCGCUCCUCCAGGGCGGGACUGCAGUUCCCUGUUGGCCGUGUCCACAGGCUCCUCCGUAAAGGAAACUACGGCGAGCGCGUCGGUGCUGGAGCUCCUGUUUAUCUGGCGGCGGUACUCGAGUACCUCACCGCUGAGAUCCUGGAGCUGGCCGGAAACGCCGCCCGGGACAACAAGAAGACCCGCAUCAUCCCCCGUCACCUGCAGCUGGCGGUGCGUAAUGACGAGGAGCUCAACAAACUUCUGGGCGGAGUGACCAUCGCUCAGGGCGGCGUGCUGCCUAACAUCCAGGCCGUGCUGUUACCUAAGAAGACCGAGAAACCCGCCAAAACUAAGUAAACUCGAGUGUGUUUAAUCCAGACUUAAAGGCUCUUUUAAGAGCCACCCAUUUUAUCUGAUAGAGAGUGAAUUUUCCGUUAAUAAUAUUUAUAAACACUAAAGGUAAUUGGUGGAGGGAGAACAUGACCCAACAAACCAAUAAAACAUGAUUGCUCUACAUCAUCGACCGU